AUGGCCAUCUCACUUGCGGACACUUCCGGGCCCUUUCUGGACCGUCUAUUACCGAUGCCUGACACUAAGAAACCCGCUUCAGGCAAACUAAAUUUCCUGCAUCGACUAUCACUGCGAAAAUGGCUAGCCCGGGAGAGUUUUCGUCAUCUAAACAGCUCUUUUUCCAAGCCUGUUGCUUCUCGCCCGCUUCCACUCUCGCUGCCCGCCACACCGGUUCCACCACCAAUUACACCCCCUCGCCCUCUGACCCGGUCAAGUUAUGAUAACGGCGACUUUGACAGUGAUCGCGCUGACAAACAUGACCUGUCUCCGCCUCAGAGACGGUCUGCCAGCACUGUUGAUCUCAGUCUCCCGCGCGAAACUCCACUUGAUCCGAAUACGCCUAAGAACGAGGAAAUUCUGGCAUCAGACGAAAAUACGCAAACCGCUGCUAGACCAGCUAGUCCUGGAGAACAUAAUAGACCGACUAGUCCCCACAAAGGAGAUUCUGCGCCCGACCCUCCUGAGCCCCAGCCUAGCACACCGAAUGAACAACCAGAUGAUGGCGCUCUGCAGGAUAGCCCUACAAAUAAUGAAAAAGAGGAGCCCGUAGCCCCUCCCAACGAAAUAUCAGACUCUAUAGCUAGGCAUGGGGAGGAAUUCGAAAAAGUUAUUAUUCUUGAAUUGGACAGAAAAUGGAUACUGAACUUGAGUAUGCGGUUUCGGGACCCAACAGACAGUGAAAAGUUUUUCGUUACGUAUGCGGAGUCUCCUUCGUUCUGGCGAAAAGUUACCGUAACUUGCAAUUACGAGAAUAUCGAACAGGAAUGUCUUGAGCGAGACCUUAAAGGGCUACGUUUUCAACGAGAUAAGAAUCUAAGAAUUUAUGAAGCCCUCCGGGAGUCUAUGGAUGAGAUUCAAUUUUUUGAUACAGUGACAAAUCUAAAGCUGGAGACGGAGCAAGGACGUCUACACGUUCACGUUUCUGAAGAUGUGAACGAAAUAAUUACCUAUCCCUCUGUUUCAACCGUUGCCCAUCUGAAUCCACCUUUUAUUCCAGAAAGCCUUCUCACAUUUCAUAGCCACCUAUCUGGCUUCGUUUACCAUGUAAAGCUGAAUGGAGAAGACUAUGUGAAGAAAGAGAUUACCGGCCCAGAUACCGUGGAAGAAUUUUUAUACGAAGUUAAUGCAUUGCAUGCCUUGAUAGAAUCGGACUGCGUGAUUAAAUUCAAAGGCAUUCUAGUCGACGACUCUGUGACUCUCGUGAAAGGCCUGCUUCUCGAGUAUGCAAGCUUAGGCUCCCUCGCUGAUAUAUUCUUCGAUUACAAGGGUGCCGUCACAUGGGGCAGACGGGAGCGAUGGGCACGGCAAAUUAUCCGGGGCCUUGCAGACAUUCACGAAGCAGGCUUCGUACAAGGAGAUUUUACCGUGUCAAAUGUCGUCGUGGACAAACAUGACGAUGCUAAAAUCAUUGACAUAAAUCGACGUGGGUGUCCCAUUGGUUGGGAGCCGCCAGAGUUUACAAAGAAGAUUGAAAGCAAACAAAAGAUAUCUAUGUAUAUUGGGGUGAAGUCCGAUCUGUUCCAGCUAGGAAUGACUCUCUGGGCCAUGGCUAUGGAAGAUGAUGAGCCCGGACUUCAACCCCGUCCCCUUAUAAUCCCCGCUGACGCAGAUGUACCAGGAUAUUUCCGGAACGUCGUCCAGAUAUGUUUACAUCCGAGUCCCCAGAGACGUCUAUCUGCCAAGGAGUUACUAGUACUGUUUCCACCAGAUCACUUAGCAGAAAAACUGUUGGAGUAUCCGAAACAAGAUUCUGGCAAUUUUACUGCUACUCAAAGAUAUGACUUUGUGGACCCAGACUUUCGUUACAAUUCUCACCAACAGGACUUUGAGGCUCAGCGUGCUGACAGCAUUUAUAUCGAUAGCUUACCUAACUCGAAUCUGAGUAUGGAUAGAGACACCCAAAGCCAUGUAGCUCGACCUUCAUUGAGUAGUUUACAUCCUAUCUCACAUGAUUCUGACACUCGAGAUAUAGAGAUAGAGAGUGACUUCUAUCAAAGUGACUUCUUGCCGUCUUCUCCGGAUGAUCCAUACUGCCUAGAUGAUAUCAGUCCAUCUGCUGCCUUGCCUGGUGUUCAUCCUUUCCUUGAGCAGUUGACACAGUACGGCCUGGGCCUGGCUAAUCCCGGAGAUUCAAUUCAGUACCAACCGCCUCUAAGUACAACAUCCUACUCAGUAAAUCCAAAUAUACCCGUGGAUCCACUGGAGCCUGAAGACCAUCGUGGAUACCCUGGAAGAGCCUUACAUAAUGUGGAAGAUAUCCCUGAAGCCCUUGCUUGUAUAGGCGACCAUAUGUUUCUUCCAUCUGCAGUCCCAUACAUUUCAAAUACUGGUCUGGUCCUUGAAACUGACAUACUGUCUAGAAAUUUUAAUGAUGAAGAAACUUCAAAUGCUGAAGAUUAUAGUGGUCAUAGUUCUGGUGAUAGGUCUCAUGAAGCUGCCCAACAAGCUCUGCGUGAACCUGAUCCUAAUGACUUGAUUCAAUCAAGGCUACCUAUCAAUCCUGCAUUUGUGGAAUGCUCCACGUCAGUGCCAAUCAACCGGUCAUCAAGUGCCACGAGGCUUGCAUCCUCGUCAGGGGAUGAAUCUCGCUUGCCUACAGCACAGACCCAUGCACCUCUAACCGUCAACGACUUCUCUGAAUCAAGCCAGGCUGCACUUUCAAUAGCCGAACGACAUUUUGAGCCAAUACCGCCGGGCUAUGAUUCAUUGCUCCCGUCUCAAUUGGAAUUCAACACACCCUCCCUGUCGACAUUACGUUCGCUUGCGAUCAACCAACAACCGGAUAAUUCUUCAUCCCUCUGUAUUAAUUUAGAAUCUGAACUUUCAUCUCCUUCAGUUCUUUCUUCCGACGAUUUAUUUACUUCGAAUCUACCAAUCAACCCUGCAUACUCCCCGUAA